AUGCAAGAAAUUUCAACUAAGGGCGCAGCUUUAAGUGCAUCAGCUGCGCUCACUUUUCUGGUGACCGGCAGCGUGCAUAGACGCAUAUUGGUUGGUGUAGAAAAUUUAUACCACAAGACACAAGAGGUUAGAAUUCUCUUAGUGCAUUUUGUACUUGGUCGUUUUCGAAAUUUUCUGCUUUUGGUUUGGUUCUUUUUGAGCGUGACUGUGCCUAAGCUAGCGGCCGGCGGAGCGCUACUGAGUGCCAUCUUUGUCGCCGCCCUAGCGGCCAGUAAAGCGCGCCAAAGUGCUCCCAUUGCGGCACAUAGCAGCUAGCUAAGCGUCCUUAGCGCCACCUUUGCGCGCAUAGCGGCCAGCGGGGCGCCUUAGCGCCAUCUUUGCCGCCGCAC